UGAUGGUACAUUUCGGGCUUCAAGCGCCACUGAGCAACUGUCAUUGGAAUGAACGGGAUUGCUCUUUAUAGCUAACGAAUUAGCCCAAAGAAACUGCGUCCUUGUGCCAUGCAUGCUCUCACAACACUGGGGGAAACAGGUAUACAUGUUCUACAUCCUUGCAAUGUUCAUGUUCCAGAUUAUGUUCAGUAGCAGUGAAAGGAAAGCUUUGACAGUUUUCAAGCUGCACUCCUGACUGCUGCAAUGAGGUACAGAGGAGCCCAGAUCUGUCUCCGGGCUCAUGGUUCCCGCUGUCUGUCCCGCCUUGUCCUGCCCAGCAGAAUCAGUCUGAUCCGGACCUACAGCGCUCAGCAUCAGCCGGGCUCCCCUCCACCUACUAACCACACCCCUCCUGAUGGGAAGGGUAGCUCUGAGGUGGUGAAGGAGCGUGCCCUUGCUGCACUACAGCAUGCAGGUGAGUUGGGUCGUCAGUGGGGUCAGAGGUCAGCUCAGGCCGCCAGCGCCUCCCUGAACUACUGGUGGGAACGAUACGAGGAGUUUGUCGGGCUCAACGAGGUCCGAUCGGCCCAGACCCGAGUCAAUGAGGCGGAGUCAGCGUUCAUGGUGGCCAGGGGGAUGGUGCGCGAGGCUCACGGCAGCCUAGAGGCGCUGCAGGUCCGUCUGAAGGAGGUCAGAGACCGGCUGGACCGGGUCUCCAGGGAGGAGGCGCACUACCUGGAGCUCGCCACGCAGGAGCACAGACUGCUGCAGGAGGAGCGUCGCCUCCGGAUAGCGUACGAGAAUGCUGAGGAGUCGGAGCGGGAAAAGUUUGCCUUGUUCUCAGCGGGCGUCCGGGCGAGCCACGAGAAGGAGAGAACGAGAGCGGAGCGAACCAAGAACUGGUCCAUCAUCGGGUCGGUGCUCGGGGCGCUGAUCGGGGUCAUGGGGUCAACGUAUGUCAACCGAGUCCGCCUGCAGGAGCUGAAGAACCUGCUGCUUGAGGCGCAGAAAGGUCCGGAGAGUCUGCAGGAGGCCCUCGUAGUCCAGGCAGGGAAUCACCGCCUGCAGCAGGACGAGCUCCGGUCGCUCAUCGACAGCCUGAGACUCGCUCUGAGCGACGUCUUCACCCAGCGGGACGUCGUCCUCCUGCAGGACAACAGGCCCCCGACCUCAGACUCACCCUCCAUGCCUCUCUCGGCCCUAAAGGAGCUCAACAUCAGCAGCCAGAAGACCGAGACACUGCUGGAGUCUCUGGAGCCUCGACUGGGACACCUGGAGGAAGGACUGGGGAGGGUGGAGGGGGAGAUGUCUGUGGUGAGGAGGCUGCUGGAGACGACACCACAGGCAGAAUCACAGACCGAAAGACAGCCGCUGUCAGACACAUUAAAGAAAGCAGAGCAGGAGGAGCGGUGGGAGUCGGAGGCGCUGGUGAGGCGUCUGGAGGAGACCCAGAGGACGCUGGGAGAACGCAUCAGGACAAACAAUGUUUACAACGCCGUGUUCACGUACACCGACGCCAUCACCGUGUCCGCCGUCUACCUGCUGCUCAGAGGAGCCGCUUAGAGACGCUCACACUGGGACCAGUCAUAUGAUGGGAUUGGAUGAUGCUUUACUGUCAGAUCAGGAAUGAAAUGUCUCCUGCAAUAUCAACACGGACACGUAUGAAAACAACAGACAAGAACAGACGUAUGUUGAAGACCCUUUAACGUCUGAUCUGAGAUUAAACUCUGAAUCAGGGUCGUCUGAUCACAGAAUAAAUGUGCUGUGUUUCAAGUCAGACACUUCCCUCACUGCACUGUGUGUCGUACACUGUGAACACUUGAGGACUUUGGGAAUUUGGACCCUGUUGUGUCUCACAGGAAGUGACGAUUGCCACUGUUAGCAUCGUUAAGGUACCAAAUCCUUACAGACUGCUUAAUCAGCCCCGAAAAUGAUCAGUGGCUUUUUCAGUUUAGUGCAGUGUACAUUUGCUAUACAUUGAAUAAACACUACUGACUUUUAUUUAUUUAGCGUUCAACAUUUCCACUUCUGGACCGGUAUGAGAGCUCUUCAGGUACUAAAGUGUACUCUCUUUUGCCAAGCGUUGAUUUGGAGCGUACUCAAAACAGCAGAAAGCUGAGUAAUUUAAUUUGUGUAAUAAUCUGAUUACAGGUGAUGUGCUGCUGCUGUUCACUGCACUUCUUUUUGCCUCUGAGUAUCUAUUAGAUCUCAAGAUGAAUCGUGAGAAUGAAUUCAAGCUGUGCUGCAUUCAAGACCAGUUACCUAACGUUAGGAGUUGCAGCUUUCACUACCUUCAGCCUCUGUAACGCUCACGGUAACCUGAGCGUAAUAAACAAAUAAAACAUGCAAGCUAUGAAGUUACAUCCUUAACUUCCCCUCUAGGUGCCUCAUGGUGUUGUUCCUCUGCUUUGGGGCCACUGGUUAUGUUAUUUCUCCACCGAGGCUUCAUCAGACACUUAGACAAACGACCCGUUAGGAAUCGCCUGUCAGCGUAAAACAAUAAAGUAUAAUUCCAGAAUGAAAACGUAGAAACUGAUUUAGGUUUUGCAGAUUUUAACCUCCAGUACUUGAAUGUGUGAUCAGGAUGAUGAUGAUGAUGAUGAUGAUGAUGAUGAUGAUGAUGAUGACUAAUGUGCUUUAUUGUGUCUUUAAUAAAGGACCAAUCAAAUGA